CCAUAUAUGUCCACCAGCCCAGAGCUGGGGAGGAGGCGGCGGCAGGUCAGGUCCCCAGGCUCCAGCCACAGGCAGCGUGGCUGCUACACACCAUGCACAUCACCCAGCUCAACCGGGAGUGCCUGCUGCACCUCUUCUCCUUCCUGGACAAGGACAGCAGGAAGAACCUGGCCCGGACCUGCCCCCAGCUCCAGGACGUGUUCGAGGACCCCACACUCUGGCCCCUGCUGCACUUUCGUUCCCUCAUAGAACUCAAGAAGGACAACUUCCUCCUGAGCCCGGCCCUCAAGAACCUCUCCAUCUGCUGGUACUCCAGCCGCGUGCAGGUGUGCAGCAUUGAGGACUGGCUCAAGAGCGCCUUCCAGAGGAGCAUCUGCAGCCGCCAUGAGAGCCUAGUCAAUGAUUUCCUCUCCCAGGUGUGCGACAGGUGCCCCAACUUGGCUUCCGUCACGCUUUCGGGCUGCGGCCACGUCACCGACGACUGCCUGGCGCGCCUGCUGCGCUGCUGCCCGCGCCUGCGCGCGCUGCGCCUGGAGAACUGCGCGCGCGUCACUAACCGCACGCUGGCGGCCGUGGCGGCGCACGGGCGCGCGCUGCAGACGCUGCACGUGGACUUCUGCCGCAACGUGAGCGCGGCCGGCCUGCGCCGCCUGCGUGCCGCGUGCCCGCGCCUGGCGCUGCGGGCCGAGCACAGCGCGGCCAUGAUCCCCGACCAGCUCCCGGGCGUGCCCGCCACGGCGCUCCGCAAGCUGCUGCCGCGCUAG